AUGAACAAGUUGUCGUUCCUGUCGACCGAUCAGAUUGAUGAUGGUGACAUUAGGACGAGAAAUUUGUUCAACUAUGAAAGGGCCGUUCCUUUAGGCAGUGCUGAAUUGGUCUGCAAAACUAUCGGUGGCGUAAGAUAUGGUCGUUGGCAGUUGGUGGACGAAAUCACUCCAAGUGAUUGGAUGUCUUCCAUAUGCAACGAAAAAUGGGCUGUAUCCUGUAGUGUCGUUUAUGGUGGUGUUAUAAGCAAAGGCGAUAGGAAGCGGAGGAGUGAGCGGGAUAGGUUGGUAGAAGAAAGAAGAGUGUUCGAAGACCUUUUCAAUGAAUCGGAAAGAAAAAAUCGUGCUCUAGAAGUGCAGCUAAUGCGUGUAGCGGACGACCUACACGCACUACGGCGAAUUAUGCCGUUAGCAACGAGAGAAGUGAGGUUCAGUCGGGUCAGCGACUGGACCAUAAUGAAGGAGGAGACCGUUUCCUCGUACUUGAUAAGAGAGGAGGGGGAGAGAACCAUGAUAGAAAUUCAGAGGGAUCGCACUGUUAAAGUAACAGUGAUAAUAAAGGACAAGGAGAUUAUGGAAAGUUGUGUGCUAGUUAACACAAGGUUGGGGGAUUAUAAGUGUUGGGCAAAGGGAAAAGAAGACAAAUCGCCAUGA